GGGGUCAGUAAGCGCUCAACAGAUCACCGAUCAGCGGGCUAAUUGAACCCAUCAACCAACCAAUCCUUCUCGACCGGAGCGCUUCAACCCGGAUGACCUCCGGAGUGACGCGUGUCUCCGGUGUCAGUGCUGGGAGAUCUGCACCGGAGAGGAUGCGCAUAUCUGCAGGUAGCCUACUCUAGCGCUGUCGUAAAACAAGAAACCGGGGCGAGUCGGCUAUAGUUAGGGCGAUGCCAGGGGUAACCAAGUACAAUUUAGUAGAUGACGCGCACGAUUUGAGGAUCCCCAUGCACAACGACGAGGUGUUCAGGCAUGGGGUCUGCUUCGAGGCAAAGUACAUUGGUAGUUUGGAGGUGGGUCGCCCCGGGAGCCGGAUGGAGAUUGUCGCUGCAAUGAGGAGAAUCAGAUAUGAAUUCAAACUGAAGAAUAUAAAGAAAAAGAAGGUCAACAUUGUCGUAUCUACAGAUUGUAUCAAAGUGAUUUUGCGCAAAAAGAAGAGAAAAGGGUGGUCCUGGGAUGACAAUACCAUCUUGGUGACCCAGGAUCCCAUCUACAGGAUCUUCUAUGUCUCACAUGAUGCCCAGGACUUGAAGAUCUUUAGUUACAUAGCAAGAGAUGGUCAAAGCAACGUGUUCCGCUGCAAUGUGUUCAAGUCAAAGAGGAAAUCUCAGGCCAUGAGGAUUGUGCGGACGGUGGGUCAGGCUUUUGAUGUGUGUCACCAGCUGACCCUGCAGCAGAAAAGUGAUGACCAGGAGGAUGAGGAGGGGAAGGGUGAAGAUUCAGAGGCAGUGCCAGCAAAGAAGAGGCUCGCAUUGUCAGAGGAGACCGACCUUGAAGCCACUACAGAGGAGAGCAUUGAGUGCGUCUCCUCUUCAGACCUGGAUAAGAGCAAAAAGGAAGAGGCCUUCAGUAAUGACGGCAAGGUGUCCGAUGGCCCAUCUCUCCUGCUGAGCUCCCCCGUCCUUGGAGCAUCUGUAUCGGGUCAGUUGGCAGCAGAGGCUCCCUGCUCUGAAGAGCACCAGAUUCAGCUACUCAAGAAACAACUGCAGCAACAGGAACAACAGGCACUGGCAGCUUCAGCACAGGUCCAUGUGCUUCAGGAGCAGCUGUCGGUGGAGGUGAGUGCACGGACCGAUGCCCAGGCUAGAGUGCAGAAGCUGCUGCAGCAGAACACCGACCUGCUGCAACAUAUUUCCCUGCUGGUCAAACAGAUCCAGGAACUGGAGCUCAAAGCUGCUGGCCAGUUAACAACCAUGGGCUCCCAGGACAGUCUUCUCGAGAUCACUUUUCGCGCUAAGCCCCCCAGCACAUCCUAUGAGCCUCUCACCUCCUCCUCAUCUAUGGGUGCGUUAGCGGCUCAGUCUCGGCUCCAGAUUACUGACAGUGCCUGGGUCUCCGCCCUCCCCGGACCCUGCUCUCCAGGCACCAUGGGCACUGGCACCAGCCCUCUGGGCCUCGGUAGCAGUGGGGUCCGACUCGAGUGCUUUCGCUUCUCCUCCAGGGGGCCGGACAGCCAGGAGCAGGGCCAGGACACAGGGGAGACUACCAGUGAUGGAGCUCCGGAUGAUAACUCGCUGCUGGGGGAGCAGGUCCUGGGAGCCUUGGAGCUCCUCCGGUUUAGAGAGUCAGGGAUCGGAUCUGAGUACGAAUCGAACACUGAUGAGAGCGACGACCGAGACAGCUGGGGGCAGGGGGAGGGAGUGGGGGCUGACGGUGCUGCUCGACUCUUAAAUGUGCUGAAUGCAGAGAAUCUGCCGGACUGCUUAGGGGAUGAGAUGGCUGUGUAGAGCUGCUCUUAAAGGUGCACAGGGCACUACUGUACUACUGUAGAUAAAUGUGAAAUUCAGAAUCUGAAGGACUUUAAUACACAGAAAUUAUGUAUUGUGACAGCAGUGAAUUGAAAUUAUUUGUGUCUGGAACUCAUGAGAGCACUCACUCACCUCUGUUCUAAGUAAAGCUUUGGAUUAUGCUGAAUUUUUGAUUUGCUGUUUCCUGUGCACCAAAGUUAAAAAAAAAGAAAGAAAAACAACUACAAAAAAGUUAACUGAAAUAAAAAUAAAAACUAAACUUCAGAAAGGGAAUUAAAACUAACUGAAAUAAUAUUAUUUACUUACACAGCUAAAAUAAAAUAAAAAUAUACAGGUCAACUUUGUCAACACAAGAAGCUUAAGGAGACAUUGAGACUAGGGUGUCUACAUGACUGUGUGCCAAUUGCCUUUGCAAAGUGUUGUGUCUGUAUUAUAAUAUCUAUUCUGAACUUCCAACAUAAACUGAGCUAAAACUAAACAUUUUUGAACAAAGUAAACAAAAAACUGUACAUGCAAACAAGCAAACCCACUGCAAAUUAGCUGAAAUGAAAUUGAAUUGAAAGCAAAAAUUAAAAACAACAGUUCAAACUAAUAACGCUGCAGUGCACUGAGGUAAUGUCUCACUUGUGUGAGUGGUGGAACUCACAGGAUUAAAGGUAUACAAUGCAUAAUGCAAGUUACAUCGCGGUCUCAGGUCUGUCUCCUCAGCUCUGUCUCUGUCCUGAGCUGUAGCUCUGUGUGUCUGUCUGACCAAGGGUGGGCCUGAGUAGAGAGGCAAACAGCAGACGAAGCAUGCGUUGAACUCACACAAAAUCUGGCCGUGAAACACUUUCCUGCACUGUUGUGUGGAGGCCGUGACCUGUGAAUCGUGAAAUAUUUUCUCUCUCUGAUUCACUGCUUUGUUCUCGCUCUCUUCAUUCACUCUCCAGCUCACCUGACCACUUCGGCUCUCUCAGUCAAGUUAAGUCGACAAAAUGGCAAAUUCUUCAUGGUAAACAUUUAAAUAAUAUUGGUUGUUGUUACUUUCAUUCAUCAGAGGUCUAUGACUGUAAGGAUAUUCAAUGAGGAAUAUCCACAUCAAAUAAUAAGAUAAUGUUAAGUUACACCAUUCCCCAUAAAGACGUGUGUUUUUAUCCGAUCGAUAAUGUCUUUAUCAAAUAAAUUUAAAGAAGACAAGACCACAGCCAUGCCAGAGGCUCAGUGAGGCUGAGCUAAAUGCAUCAGCAUGCUAACAUGCGUGUAUAAUGAUUACCAAUUUCUUAGCCUGCUAACAUGCUAAUAUUUGCUAAUUAGCACUAAACAAAAACCACAGCUGAGGCUGAUGUCAGUGUCAUUAGUGUUGCAGGCAUUUGCUCAUAAAAUAAGAAGUAUCAGACAAAUUGAAAUUUUAACCUGAGAGCAAAUCAUCAAAUGUCACUGCAAUUAAACCUGUUUUGAGAUUAAAAGUGGUUGAGUUCCACACCGCAUACACCAUGUAAUUGUGGAAACUAAGGUGUACCUUAAGUGUUUCUUUGUUUCUCAGUUCCACUGUGGCUCCAAGGCCAAAAACCUACCACUUCUUCUACUUAGAGAUAUGAAAUGGGCACGGUGCAGCUUUAUUUAAACCUUGGACUAUGAGGUAGUACACUCCAGUGUUUCAGGCUCUGUCUGUGUGUUAAAUACUGUGUGCAUAUCAGUUUGACGACUGUUGUACCUUACAUAUGUUUGGUUCUGUGACUUUGCCACUCUCACUGUGCUUGCUGAACUGUGGUUGUGUCUGUGUUUAUGGAUUUAUGACACAUCCAGCAUGAUCAUGGUCGUUUUCGCUGUUUUCUAAUGAAGAUCUAUGAAGAAAAGAGCCCUUUGCAAAGCCUGUCUGGAUAUGGUAACACAUUUUAUGAAAUGUGAAAAUUAAAACCAAAUUGUGCUUAUCAUGACACUUUUUCUGUAAUUACACAUGGGUUUAAAAAUGAGCAUGUCUCUGUCAUUGUAUGAUUUCUUUUUCUCUUUUCAUUAUAUUGUUUAUAGUUUAACUUAAAUACAUUGCAUAAAAUACACAGCAUGGUUUUAUUCAUUCUAGUCUUCGUACUGUUUUAUGUUACUGGAGAACAUUUUCUGAUUAGGUGAUGCAGGUGCUGCUACAGACUUGACUGUUAUGGAACGUAGCCACCACACAGAGCACUCUAAAUAUUAAGUAUAUAAGUUAAUGCCGUGCUGCAGAAACAUAAACUGCUGCAUCACUGUUGCUUCAUCCUUCAGAGGAAUAUCUUUGGAAAGUCCUGAAAGCAUGAACUUAGAAGAUGAAAGCAUGCGAGACUUCUGGACUCAAUUCAUAUUCUUCUGCCCAGCUGUCGCAGCAGCCCCUCCUUUCUGUCUGUGAGCCAGCUCGUGAAUCGUGAAUUGUCCGAUGUGUCUUUGAGCUCUUUCCAAAAUCAAUUCAUCUCUCCCCAGCAUUUCUCCCUCUUCCUCUCCUUCGCUCACCUUUUCCCUGAAGCUUGUCACCUAUUCCCUGCUCUCUUGCACUCACAAUCUUGUCUGCGGUAUCCAUAUAUCCAUAUUUCUCAGUCAGUCUC